AAAAAUCUUACCCGUUUAUAUCUUGGUUCGAACAUGCUUGCCGAUCCAGUCCCUUUCGUCUGGGAUAAUUUGACUAAUUUGAAAUAUUUAGACCUUAGUGGAAACUACUUAACCGGAAGCAUUCCCUAUCAUGAGGAUAACCCUUCUUGGGUGAAAUAUGUCAACCUUAGUCACAACUUUUUCAUAGGAGAAAUACCCAGUGCACUAGGGAGUGCUGUAGUAGGUCAUCUCUCGAGUUUGGAUCUUAGCUACAAUGAUCUUACAGGCCAUAUCCCCCCUUCUCUCAUUUAUAUAAAAGAAAUCAACUUGUCACACAAUUCUUUGAAGGGUCAAAUUCCAGACGGUUUUGAUAAGCAUCAUAAAUCCCACACAUUAAUUGGCAAUAGGGAUUUAUGUGGUCAGUUCAAGAAUAUUUUUCCUCCAUGUCCCAAAAGCAAAUAAUCAAUCAUAACCAAAAUAGAAAUUUUUGCCCCCAUCACCACUUUCCUCGGAUUCCUGGUUAUUGGAGGUAUUCUCAUGUCUCGUGUGUUCAAAGAAAAUCAACAUGAGUUAAGAGAAUCUAAGGAUGGAAACAUAUUCUCGAUAUGGAAUUAUGACGGACAUAUUGCAUAUGAAGACAUCAUUGAAGCAACUGAGGAUUUUGACAUCAGAUAUUUUAUUGGAACCGGUGGUUAUGGUAGUGUUUACAAAGCUAAAUUACCAAGCGGAAAUGUGGUUGCCUUAAAGAAACUUCAUCAGAGAGAGGCUGAGAAUCCAAUUUUCUAUAAGAGUUUUAUAAAUGAAGUGAGGGUGUUAACAGAGAUUCGACAUCGAAAUAUUGUGAAGCUGCAUGGGUUCUGUGUACAUAAAGGAUGCAGAUUUUUAAUUUAUGAGUACAUAGAAAGGGGAAGCCUAUUUUGUGUCCUAAGAAAUGUUGAUGAAGCUAUGGAACUGGAUUGGAGCAAGAGGGUAAACAUCAUCAAAGGCACAGCACAUGCCUUAUCUUAUAUGCAUCAUGCAUGCAUCCCAGCAAUUGUUCAUAGAGAUAUAUCAUCCAACAACAUUUUGUUGAACUCUGAGUUUCAAGCUUUUAUCUCUGACUUUGGAAUUGCUAAACUCCUUGAUCCUGACUCCUCCAAUCAAACAUUGGUUGCUGGCACUUAUGGUUAUAUUGCCCCAGAGUUUGCCUACACAAUGACAGUUAUUAAAAAAUGUGAUGUAUAUAGCUUUGGAGUGGUGGCGCUAGAAGUAUUAAUGGGAAGGCAUCCAGGAGAACUUUUGUCCUCAUUAUCAUCAUCAUCAUCUCAAAACAUGAUGCUAAAUGAAAUAUUAAAUCACCGCCUACCACCUCCAAAUCGUCUAAUUGGACAGGAUAUUUUGCUUGUUGCUACAAUAGCAUUUGCAUGCCUUCACACUCAGCCAAAGGCUCGGCCUACAAUGAAAUGUGUGUCACAAGAAUUUCUUUCUCGCAAAAAGCCAAAUGUCAUACCUUGACUACGGUUUCACUCCCACAACUGAGCAAACAAGCAACAUAUAUGGCUGGAUUAGGAUUUGUUUAUUGUUAGGGUGUUUUGUGUGUUGUCAAUGUGUCGUUUACAUUUCUCAAUCUGUUUUCAAGAAAAAUAUUAUUUUUAAGCAUUCCAAAUCACCCCAUAAACCUGAAGUACUUACUUUUCAAAGUUGGAAGCGGCUGAAAUAGAAUGGGGCCGAUGUGUUUGUAUGAGAUAAGUGUGCAAAUAUAAAGUAGAAGUGAAUUAACUAAAAUCUCAUAGAGAAUUUUAGUAGAUUCAUAAUUUCUUCUUCAUGAACAAUAGACUUUUCAAAAUAUCUUUGAUAUCA